AUGUUGUCACUCAUCAUCGCGACGGCGUUCACGGCCAUCGUGCUGCCUUACUUCAUAUUCAAGCUCCUCGGGUCCAAGCCCAAUCUCAGCCAGUUCCCGCUCAUUAACCCGAAGGAGGGACCCUGGUACUGGCCAUCCAAUGCCAACAAGGACCGAUUCGUCACCGAAGCCACCGAACUUGUCAAGGAGGGCGCGAAGAAGUAUGGCGGCAAACCUUUCCGCAUUGCGACAAACCAGGGAGAGAAGAUUGUUCUCGACACGGCGAUGGUCGACGCUAUAAAGAGCGACCCUCGUCUCAGCUUCGUUGCAGCUACACAAAAGGGCAUGUUCGCCCACAUGUGGGGGUUCGAGGCUCUCCGCUCCAGUGGAGAGAACAACUUUGUGCGCGAUAUGGUCCGUAUCAAGUUGACUCAAAAUCUGACCAAAGUAACUCGUGAUCUUGCUACCGAAGUGUCCGCCGUCCUGGAGAAGCGAUGGGGCACCAGUGAGGAGUGGCACGAUGUCGAUCUUGGAACCGACGUUCUCAAAUUGGUCGCUGUGCUCUCUACUCGCGUCUUCAUGGGUGAGGAACUCGCACACAACGAGGAAUGGUUGGACAUUGCCAUCAACUACACUGUCGACAUCUUCGGAGCUGCCCGCGAGCUCCGCCGCUGGCCGGCACCUCUGCGCCCCUUGGCCAACAUCUUUCUCAAGUCGCACCGCAGCCUCCGGGCUUCCGGAAAGCGUGCUUCCGAGAUCGUGCAGCCCAUCGUGGACGCUCGACGCCUCGCCCGCUCCAAGCCCGACUUCGUGAAGCCCAAUGACUCGCUCGAGUGGUUCGACGAGACCGCCAAAGGUGCACAAUACGACCCGACCAUGCUGCAACUCGUCUUGACUAUGGCCGCCAUCCACACCACCGCCGACCUCACCAAGACGACCCUCCUGCAAUACGCACAGCACCCCGAGAUCAUGGCCGACCUGCGCCAAGAAAUCCUCGAAGUCCUCCCUACCGGCGGCUGGGACAAGCUGACCCUCUACAAGCUCCGGUUGCUCGACAGCUCCAUCAAGGAGGCCCAACGGCUGAAGCCCAUCGGCGCCGCCUCCCUCGGCCGUGUCGUCAUGAAAGAUGUUACCCUUCCGGAUGGAACCGUCCUGCCCAAGAACUCGGACAUCAUGGUCUCCUCUCACCCCAUGUGGGAGGACACGGUCUACCCCGAACCUGAGAAAUACGAUGCCUACCGCUUCGUGAAGAUCCGGGAGACGCCUGGCAAGGAGAACACCGGCCAGCUGACCACCACAGAGUCCCAGUUCCUCAGCUUUGGACACGGACGCCAUGCGUGCCCCGGACGCUUCUUUGCAGCGAACGAGGUCAAAAUUGCGAUGGCCUACGCCUUGAUCAACUACGACAUCCGAUUGAAGGGCGAUAAAGCGCCGAAUACCAUCAAGUUCGGCUUCGAGCUGGUCGCCGAUCCCACUGCCACGAUCCAAGUGCGCAGGAGAAGGGCCGAGAUCGAUCUCGAUAGGCUGUCGUAG